AUGAUAUUAUUUGGUGAAUCAUUCAUUCCUGACACAAAUACUUUUUUUGUUCUUUGCGUAGUACCAAGUGAUUGUAAAAAAGUCCUUGAUGAGUUUCCUGAGGCGAAAAGUGGACAAUAUGAGAUAGAACUUUGGACAUCUGGUAAGAUUCUGACUGUGAAUUGUGACAUGAAAACAGAUGGCGGCGGUUGGACGAUAUUUCAUAGGCGAAUGGACGGGUCAGUGGACUUUUAUCGCAACUUUACAGAAUAUGAGAAAGGCUUUGGGAACGUUGAUGGAGAGUUGUGGCUAGGUUUACAGUAUAUAAAAGAACUAGCUGAACAAGGUUCUACAGAGAUUCGUCUUGACAUGGCAAGAAAUGAUAGUACAACAGGACAUGAAACUUGUCAAGACUUUAAAUUAACAGAAGGAAAUAAUUAUAAACUAAACAUUGGGUCAUGCACAGGUUUGACAGGAAAACGAUUUGCUUUUAAUAAUCAAAUGUCAUUUUCAACUAAUGACCGUGAUCUCGACAUGUCAUCAGAUAGGAACUGCGCUGUAGAGGGACAUGGAGCCUGGUGGUAUAAUUCUUGUACUCGUGUCAAUCUAAAUGGAUUAUAUGUGGCACCAGGUACAAUAUGUGAAUUUCCCGGUGCCUUGGAUGAUUUUUGUGGACACUGGCAUUAUGGGUUUGAUAAACUAUAUGCAUUGAGAACGUCAUCAAUGAUGAUACGAAGGAAAUAAGACAAGUAAUCAAAAUAACAUCUCUGUAUUUCCGAAAGUUCGGAAUGAUGUACUCAAAAGAUAUUUUUUUGUAAUUAUAAAGGUUUGUUUUUGCAUCAGAAAUGGUGUGAACUUUAGAAUCUUAUCUACGACUGUAAUCUGCUGUAAGACAUUGACAUUGUCAGUUACCGGAUUGGUGACAUUAUCACAUAACAGCAUAUUAUCACGUAUCAACAUUAAAUCACGCCACCAUAUAUAACUAUGUGAAAUCAUAAAAAUACGUGACAUCAUAUAAUCCGUUGAAAUAUUAUUAUCACCAGACAAUAUUUAACCAUUUGUCAGCAGGUAAUUACGUGGCAACACAAAAUGAAAAAAGAACUUUAUUUUUUUAAAUCCAUUUUUUUAAAUGUAUAUAUGUCUUGUUCUGUUAGAAUUUGUUUAAAUCAAAAUUAUAUCCGAUGAAAAUCUGGAGGCAUUGUCAUAUUUUAUGUUCAACACCAUUUAUUGUGUUUUCUACACUAAAUGUGUUUUCUUUUUAACAAAAAAUAAGCUAUUGUACGAGUAAAGAAUCUUUUGAAAAAAAGGACAAAAAUAAAAAAAAA